UCCGUCUAUAGCCUUUUUACUCGAAAAAUACAAAACUAAACCCGAUUGCAUAAACCGGGUGUAUAUUCUAAUUUGCGAAAUCGGAGAGAUACAAAAUAUUAUACGGGGGUAAUCAAUAAAAAAGAAACGAUUGAACGUAGAUCUGUCAUCGUCUCUCAAUCUCUUUCUCUCUCUUUAUCUCUCAGUUUCCCAUUCAACCGCACUUCACGAUCUUCAUUGAAGCACCUUCUGAUCUUUCAAUCCUCCAUUCAACCAGUUUCCGAGUUUUGUCCCAGAUCAAUCAUGAGUGACGAGGGUGAGAAGACCUGUCCACUUUGUGCCGAGGAGAUGGAUUUGACUGAUCAGCAAUUGAAGCCGUGCAGAUGUGGCUAUGAGAUUUGUGUGUGGUGUUGGCAUCACAUAAUGGAUAUGGCCGAGAAAGAUGAGUCAGAGGGACGCUGCCCUGCAUGUCGCAUUGCAUAUGAUAAAGACCGAAUUGUAGGGAUGGCUGCAAACUGUGAAAGGUUGGUACAAGAAGUUAAUAUGGAAAAGAAGCACAAGUCACAGAAAUCGAAGGUUAAAACAUCUGAUAGCAGGAAGCAGUUGAGUAGUGUGCGUGUAAUUCAAAGAAAUCUUGUCUACAUAGUGGGCUUACCUCUUGAUCUUGCAGAUGAAGAUCUUCUACAACGUAAAGACUAUUUUGCCCAAUAUGGCAAGGUUUUGAAGGUGUCCAUAUCCCGGACUUCAGCUGGCACCAUUCAGCAGUUUGCAAACAAUACUUGUAGUGUAUAUAUUACGUACUCAAAAGAGGAGGAGGCAAUUCGUUGCAUUCAGUCAGUGCAUGGAUUUAUUUUGGAUGCCAGGCCUUUGAGGGCAUGCUUUGGAACUACAAAAUACUGUCAUGCAUGGCUAAGAAAUGUGCCCUGCACCAACCCUGAUUGUCUAUACUUGCAUGAGAUUGGUUCACAUGAGGAUAGCUUCACAAAAGAUGAAAUUAUAUCUGCUUACACAAGAGUUCAGCAGAUUACUGGGGUUACAAAUAAUAUGCAACGGCGUGCAGGGGCUACAUUGCCUCCUCCAGCAGAUGAUUAUUGCAAUAACAAUUCUGUUGUAAUAGAGAAGCCGACUGCCAAAAGUACUUCAACUAAUUCAGCAAGCUAUUCAAAAGGUUCACCCCCAAAUAGCAGUUCGGGUAGAUCUGUUGCUCUGCCGCCAGCAGCGUCAUGGGGUGCACGUGUUUCCAAUUGCAAUCCUCCGUCUGUAAGCUUAGCUAGUUCAAAUGGAUCAUCCAAGCAGAAGGCUGAGACAGUUCAUGAGUCACCAGUGCUGGCAACAACUGUUUCUGACUUCAUUUCCAGUGAUAGUGGAAAGAAGCAAAUGCUAAAUGAAGAAAUGAAUGCAAAUCAAGCUAAAAGUAAAUUGGAAAUUCCAGAAACAGUGAAGAACACUGGUAAUAGUUCUCAAAGAAAUGUUUCAGAGGUCUCUUCUACACUUUCAGUUGCUUCAGCUGGAAAGUCUGUAAGCCAGUCAUCUUGCUCCCCAGCUAUCAGUAGUGAUAUAGAAGGUGGUGAAUGGCUUUUAAAUGCAAAUUCGUUAGACAGACAACCUUUUUCUUCUUGCGAAGACAACGGGAAUUGUUCUGUUAUGGACGGUAAAAUUCAGAAACUCUGCUCUGAUAUAUCGUCUAUAAGCACUGACAAACAGCUAAAUAGUGAACAUUCUGAGGUCGUCGGACCUAAUGGAUUGACUUUAAAUAAUUUCUUAUCCCCUAGAAAUCAAGGUAUACAGUGGCAUGAGUCUGAGAGGCUUCAAGAACAUUCUUCUGCUACCUCUAAUAAACCUAGUACUAUUAAUUCUUUGACCACUCAAAAAGAAGUAUUUGAUUUGCGAUCAGAUAUGCAACCUUCGGUUUUACAAAAUAUACCUUCAGAAACAGAAGAUGAUUUUAAUAAUCAAAGACUGCAGGAUGCCAUAGUCGUCAAUCAGGCAGCAAUACCCGCAUCAUCUCCACUCCAUCUUUUGAGUCAUUUAAGGGUUCCUUUACAGUCUCAUGGUGGUGCUGAUUGUGCAGGAAAUUAUACCGCUGCCCCUUCUAUUGUAAAUAGAUUAAGUGAUGAGUGUUUGACAAGUGUAUCUAGUGCAUCUGUUGCUCCUAAUGGAUUUUUAGACUGUUUUGUCAGCCAUACUCCAGACCAGGAUAGUUCUUUGCUAUUUAAAGGUGGGCAAGAGAGUCGUAUGGGAAGAUUUGAUGGUGAGCUUGGUUAUGUGGACUCACAGCCUGCCCUGGAUAUGGGGGAAAACAGCAUAAUUUCAAACAUACUGUCCUUGGACCUUGAUUCUUGGGAUGAUUCUUUGACAUCCCCACAAAAUUUGGCCAAGUUGUUGCGUGAAACUGAUAAACAAGAGGGUACGGUGAAACUAGCUGGUUCCUGGAAAGGUCAAAAUAGCAAUCAAUCCAGAUUUUCUUUUGCAAGGCAGGAAGACUCACGAAAUCAUUUAUUUGACGUGGAUCCUUCGCUUGGCAAUAUUGGUCUGGCAGCAAAGAAUCCCCCUUUUGGACAAGAAUUUCCUGGAAUUAGAGAUCCUUAUCUUGAUAGAAUGGGUAAUGGUUUUGAAUUUCCUCAUCGAAAUAUUGAGCUGUCGGAUAAUUUGACUAGUGGCCAUUCCAAUUUUUCUACCAACAAGCUUUCUUUCUCUAGAUCACAGAUUUCAGCUCCACCCGGUUUUUCUGCACCAAGUAGGCCUCCUCCUCCAGGUUUUGCUUCACAUGAAAGAAGUGAUCAGACUUAUGGCUUAAUGAAUUCUGGAAACCAUAUGGUAGAGACCCCAUCAUUCUUGAGAAACCCUUAUCAGGCACCACCAAGUGGAAACAUAAACCCUGUGAAUGAUAUUGAAUUUAUAGAUCCUGCAAUUUUAGCUGUUGGUAAAGGGAGGCUCCCUGGUGGGCUCAAUAAUUCCUCUAUAGACAUGAGGCAGAAUUACCCUGUACAGCCGCCUGCAUUUGAAAAUGAUUCAAGAAUGCAGUUAUUUAUGCAAAGAUCUCAUUCACCCCAUCAGAACCUUAGAUAUACUGAUGUUAGGGAUAACUUCUCUCCACCAAAUGACGCAUAUGGCUUUUCCUCUCGACAUAUGGAUCAGUCCCAAGCUAGUAAUCAUGUCCCUUUUUCACAAUUUUCACUCCAGCAACAGCCUAGAAAUACUGCAGUCUCUAAUGGUACUUGGGAUGAUUGGAGUGAGCUGCAAGCUGCAAAUGAUAUUGGUGUAGCAGAGCUCCUUAGGAACGAUAGACUUGGUAUUAACAAAUUCUAUGGUGGUUAUGAAGAUGCCAAGUUUCGAAUGACCAAUUCAGGAGAUUUAUACAACAGGAGUUUUGGGAUGUGAUUAUCAUCCUAAUUCUUAUGCCUGAGUGCCAAUUUCUGUGGAUGGAGACGCAUAAAUAACAGAGGAUAUCCUUUUACACAGGGGUGCAGGCAGUCUAUUUUUUUUUGACUAGUCUCGUUGGGCAGCUUCACAGAGGAACACUUUAUUUGAAGCUGGAGCUACAGCUGAUGAUGAUAUGGGAUAGGAGGUGCAACGAAUGGAUGACCACUUGCUGUAUUCUUGAGAGUGGUUUGUGAUUGUUUGAUAUGUAUUCCAACUGGAUGUUAUCUUCUAUUUUAGUAGUAAAGUUGGAACCAUGUCCUAGAUUUGGCGUUAAAUUUCACAUGUGCUAAAAAGUGGAAGAGGAUCCUUCUAAGCAACAGGUUAAAGGUUGCUUGAGGGUGGGACACAAGCUAUAUAUAUACUGUACUGUCUGGUCCUUUAUGAAACCAUCCGUUCGGCUGUCUGCUCCUGCUCAGAACAAUGCUCCAAAAUUCUGUGAGAGAUGGAAAUACAAAAUUUUUGCCCUUGGUAAUGCAUUAAUUCUAAUGGGUUAGUGCUGUUGAUAAUAUGGUAUAUACUUUAAUUAGCUUUAUUUAUAGUUCGUGAGCCCCCCCCUUUUUUUUGGUGUUUUGUGAUAUUGAAUUGUCAAAUGUGAUUUAAAAGGAUUUUUUGCUCAUCAAUUUUGACUUGAUCUACAUGUUUGUGUCUUGUGUAAUGGAUGAAUUUUCCUUCUACAAAGUUGUGGAAAUGCCAAGCUGACUGCCCUGCUGAUUUGGGUUUUGGAGGUUGUCA